AACACUCGGAGACUCAGUACUCUCCACUCUCUCUGUACAAAGAGUGCAAACAGUGUUUUAUCUCUAGCCUCCAUAAGGGACCACAGCAAGGAGAACAGCCAUGCUAGGAGGCACCUACACUGGGUUGGUGGCUACAGCAGCCCUCCUCUGCCUGCUACAGGCAGGAACCAACGCAAGCAUUGAAGGUGACAGCUCAUCAGUUACCAGGACAGAUGCAGGGACCUGCACUGUCCACAGCAACCCCCACUACAGCACCUUUGACGGGGCCAACUUCCGCUUCAUGGGACCCUGUACCUACGUCCUGACCCGGGUGUGCGCGCCCUCUGAGACACCCCUGUCCCACUUCAGUGUGGAGGUGAAGAAUGAGCUGAGAGGGAACUCCUCCGUGUCUGCUGUUCAGCAGGUCAAGGUGGAAGUGGAGAACCUCAGGGUCUCCCUGCACAAGAGACAAAACCACCGGGUCAUGGUCAAUGGCAUUUGGAGGAAACUCCCUCUGAGCCUCAAUGGUGGCACUGUCAACAUCCAAGGCAACGCCGCUUCCGUCGCUGUGGAGACAAACUUCAACCUUUUUGUAUCCUACGACGACGCCGGUGCUGUCCAUAUCACCGUUCCCGUAUCGUACUCCGGUAAAGUCUGUGGCAUGUGUGGGAACUUCAACCACCUGAGAGACGAUGAUUACCACAUACCUGGCAGUUCCGAGGCCGAAGACUCUGCCACAUUCGGACAGAACUGGCAGAGUGAGGCCUGUGACUUGACCGUCCUCCCCCUUGAGUGUCAACCAACUGAGGAGGCGGAGUAUGCCAGCGAGCCAUACUGUGGGUCCCUGGUCUCCAGGCAUGGGCCUUUCUCUGGCUGCCAGUCUGUUCUGGGAGCAGAGAGCUACUUCCGGAGCUGUGUGAUGGAGAUGUGUGGAGCGGAUGGUGACCCAGAGGUGCUGUGUGAAGCCCUGCAGUCCUACUCUGAUAUGUGUCUCAAGGCCGGGGUGCUCGUAACAGCCUGGAGGACCUCGACUAUGUGUCCCCUGGAGUGUGGUGCGAACAGCCACUACAAUGCCUGUGCUAAGGGCUGCCCUGAGGUCUGCUCCAGCAUGGAUAAUCAAGGGGUGUGUGGGAGGUGUGAGGAGAGGUGUGUGUGUGACCCAGGCUUCAAGCUCAGCGGGGGAAGUUGUGUACCUGCAGAGGACUGCGGCUGCUGGAUAAAGGGAGAACACUAUGAAAGAGGAGAGACGUUCAUGGAAGGUGAGUGUAAUCGUGUGUGCCAGUGUAUGGGUGGGGACAGACUCCAGUGUGCUGCUUCCUCCUGCGCGGCCGACGAGGUGUGCAAGGUCAAGGAGGGGGUCAAUGGUUGCUUCCUCUCCAGCCCGGCCACCUGCCACGUCUACGGAGACCCCCACUACAUCACCUUCGACGGCAAGGCAUACACCUUCCAGGGGGGCUGCAGCUACACCUUGGCCAAGACUUGCUGCGGGGGGACACCCGUCCAGUUCUCAGUGACGGGCCAGAACUGGAAUCCCAGAAACGAGAGCAGUGCCAAGCUGGGCGCAGUGGUUCUGGAGACAAGCGGUCUGCAUGUGAAGAUGCAAAACCACAGUGCCACAGUGAACCAUGUUUGGCAGCAUCUUCCUGUUACAGUAAAUGGCACAUACGGCGAGGUGAAGCUGUACAAGAAGAAGCAGUACACUGUCAUGGAGACGACGUUUGGCCUUCGGAUGCUGCUGGACGACCAGAGCAGGCUUUUCCUGCAGCUAGACGAGCGCUACAAGGGUGAGAUGUGCGGCCUUUGUGGUACCUAUUCCGAUGACCAGGGGGAUGACUUCCUGACCCCUAACGGCACCAAACCCGAGACCAACGUGGUCACGUUCGCCAACAGCUGGAGAGUGAAUAGUCCGGAAGACGAUCGAUGUGUUGCCUCCCCCCCUGCCCCCCAACCAUGUGAUUCUCAUUUGGACGAACAGGGCUACCGGGAGUGUUCCAAACUGCUGCGCGAAGCCUUCAAGCCCUGCCACCCCUUCGUCCACCCCACACCCUACAUCGACAGCUGUAUGUCCGACCACUGUGCCUCCGGCGGGAACAUGCUUGUGACAUGUGACUCCCUGAGGUCCUAUGUGACCACCUGCGAAGUGGCCAAUGUCACCCUGCCUCCCUGGUGGAACGACACCGCCUGUGAUAGUCUCCCUGGCCCUCCCACAAUACCACCAGUUACUACACCAGACAUGGAACUUUGUCCUCUAGACUGCAACUUUGACAAGAGCGAGUGUGGGUGGGAGCAAAUUAUUCAGGACAGUUUUGAUUGGAGGAGACUGAGAGGCCCAACCCCAUCUGACCUCACAGGGCCAACCCAAGACCAUACCACAGGAGGUGGAUCCUACAUGUACAUUGAGGGUGACGGUGUUUACCACGGAGACUCUGCACGUAUGAUGAGCCCUAAGUGCCAAAACGGGCCGGGCAAAUACUGCCUGCGCUUCUGGUACCACAUGUACGGACAGGCCACAGCCAUGGCUCUCAAUGUCUACCAGCUUGACCAGCACAACAGAAACAAAAAACUGUGGUCCAAAGCCAACAACCAGGGCUCCACAUGGUAUCCGGCAGAAGUGGAUAUUAUAAUCGAUGGGUCAUUCAAGAUCAUCAUGGAGGGAAUACGAGGCUCUGACCCUCGGUCUGAUGUGGCAUUUGAUGACGUCUCCAUCCACUAUGAAUCAUGCUCAGGUUCUUCGAUUGGUGGUAUUAGUGGAGCUUCAGUUCCUUCCUCAGUUGAUGGAGGAGUUGCCCCACACCCAGUCUGCAACCUUGAUUGCGCUUUCGAGCAGGACCUCUGCAGUUUUACCCAGCUAAUGACAGAUGUUUUUGAUUGGACAAGGCACAGUGGCUCCACCCCCACUGCCAUGACUGGGCCAUCAGCUGACCACACAAAAGGAAGUCCAUUUGGUCACUACUUAUACAUCGAGGCCAACAGUGUGUCUAACGGAGACACGGCUCGCCUCCUCAGCUCUGAGUGUUCUGACCCCGGUCCUCAGUGUCUGCAGUUCUGGUACCACAUGUCUGGCUCGGCCGAGACCAUGGGUCUGCACGUCUACCUGCUCCAGGGCCGCUAUGUGGAUGGGGUGUGGGGGAAGAAGAACAACCAGGGAGACUCGUGGCAACGGGCUCAGGUGGAUCUGAUGACCACUGGACCUUUCCAGAUCAUCUUCGAGGGCCACAGAGGCACCACUGAUCAGUCCGACGUGACUAUAGAUGAUGUUUCUCUGCAUCGUGGGCGAUGUGCAGACUUGAUUAAGCCACCAACACCAAUAGAGAAACCUGUUCUCCCUCCAGUGGACAAGUCCACCACUGCACCAGCUCCAACUACUACAAGACCUGAACCACCCACAACAACUAGGCUACAACCACCAACAACUGAUAGACCAGAAACACCAAGACCAACAACUGAAAGACCAGAAUCACCAAGACCAACAACUGAAAGACCACAACCACCUAGACCAACAAAUGAAAGACGAAGACCACCUAGACCAACAACUGAUAGACCAGAAACACCAAGACCAACAACUGAAAGACCCGAAACACCAAGACCAACAACUGCAAGACCAGAAACACCAAGACCAACAACUGCAAGAUCAGAAACACCAAGACCAACAACUGAAAGACCAGAAACACCAAGACCAACAACUGCUAGACCAGAAACACCAAGACCAAGAACUGCAAGACCAGAAACACCAAGACCAACAACUGCAAGACCAGAAACACCAAGACCAACAACUGCAAGAUCAGAAACACCAAGACCAACAACUGAAAGACCAGAAACACCAAGACCAACAACUGCUAGACCAGAAACACCAAGACCAACAACUGAAAGACCAGAAACACCAAGACCAAGAACUGCAAGACCAGAAACACCAAAACCAACAACUGCUAGACCAGAAACACCAAGACCAACAACUGAAAGAUCACGACCACCUAGACAAACAACUGAUAGACCAGAAACACCAAGACCAACAACUGCAAGACCAGAAACACCAAGACCAACAACUGCAAGAUCAGAAACACCAAGACCAACAACUGAAAGACCAGAAACACCAAGACCAACAACUGCUAGACCAGAAACACCAAGACCAACAACUGAAAGACCAGAAACACCAAGACCAAGAACUGCAAGACCAGAAACACCAAAACCAACAACUGCUAGACCAGAAACACCAAGACCAACAACUGAAAGACCACAACCACCUAGACCAACAAAUGAAAGACGAAGACCACCUAGACCAACAACUGAAAGAUCACGGCCACCUAGACAAACAACUGAUAGACCAGAAACACCAAGACCAACAAAUGAAAGACCAGAAACACCAAGACCAACAACUGCAAGACCAGAAACACCAAGACCAACAACUGCAAAACCAGAAACACCAAGACCAACAACUGCAAGAUCAGAAACACCAAGACCAAAAACUGAAAGACCAGAAACACCAAGACCAACAACUGCUAGACCAGAAACACCAAGACCAACAACUGAAAGACCAGAAACACCAAGACCAAGACCUGCAAGACCAGAAACACCAAGACCAACAACUGCUAGACCAGAAACACCAAGACCAACAACUGAAAGACCACGACCACCAAUGCCAACAAAUGAUAGAUCACAACCUCUAAGACCAACAACUGAAAGACCACGACAACCUAGACCAACAACUGAAAGACCACGACUACCAAGACCAACAACUGAAAGACCACGACCCCCAAGACCAACAACUGAAAGACUACAACCACUAAGACCAACAACUGAAAGACUACGACCACCAAGACCAACAACUGAAAGACCAAGACCACCUAGACCAACAACAGAAAGACCACAAACCCUACAACCAACAACUGAAAGACCACGACCACCCACCACAGCAAGACCAACACCAUCUUGCCUAAAGAACAGCCAUUACAUCUCCUGCAUCUCCGCCUGCCAGCCCACCUGUAAGCACCUCCACGGCCCUCCUGACUGCCGUGCUGAUGAGCCCUGUGUACAGGGUUGUGUAUGUGACGACGGCUUUGUUCUCAAACAGAGGGUGUGUGUGCCCAUCCAGCAGUGUGGCUGUGUAGGCAGCAAUGGCAACAGUCAUAAUUUUAAAGAGAACUGGUACACUGAGCACUGCCAUCAAAAGUGUGAGUGUGAUGAAGGCGACGGUGUGGGGGAGAUUGACUGCGACGAUGAAAAUGGGUGUGAUGAGGAUUCUGUCUGUUUUCAGAAUGAAGCCGGACAGUAUUUCUGCAAGUCAACAGACUUCAGCGAGUGCUCUAUCAAUGGAGAGCCAGAGUACAGAACGUUUGACAACAUGAAGCAUGACUUUGACAGCAGAAACUCCUACAUUCUGGUCCAGACCACAGGCCUGUCCAAGAACCAGCAAGACAUCUACAUCGAGGCCAUCAUUGAGAUCGUCAACCAGGAUGGUGUGGACAGUCAUGGGGACAGUAGACAUGGUGGCAGUCGUCAUGGUAACAGCAAGGAUGAGGAUGACCAGCAUAAAGACAGCAAGGAAAGGGACAGCAAUGAAGACAGCCAUGAUCACAGCAAAGAGAACGACAACCGUCUGCGAUUCAGAGGACUGAAGAUCAGAGUCUAUAACCACACAGUGGAGUUCAGAAACAACAGGAAACUUGUUCUGGACGGUAGGAGCACCCGUGCCCCUGUCUCACCAGCAGGUGGUCUGAGGAUUCUGGAGCGUUCCUCUCGUAUCUACCUGAAGACAGACUUCGGCCUCUCCGUGGAGUUUGAUGGAGACAGCAGAGCAGAGAUCAUCCUGCCCCACACCUACAAGAGGAGGGUGGGCGGCCUGUGUGGCAACUUUGACGGCAACAAGAAGAACGAUAUGAUGAAGCCCGACAGUAACCAGGCCAAGAGCAUCAAGGAGUUCAGAGAGAGCUAGAGAGUGACAGAGGACAGACUGAGCAUAACAUGGAAAGGAUCAUCUUCCCUUCGUAACAUUGUCUAUGGCCAGUGACCUGACCUCCAUGCAUCAAGACCAUUGAUUGUGUAAUAUUCUUCUCAUCGGCAGACACUUUCCUUCCUACAAUGGACACAGCAUAUUUGAAAGUACUUGGGUUAAACAAAAAAAAGCUUGGGUUUUUGUGGACUGUAUGGAGAGGAGAUCAAUGAAGUAUUCUACUCCUUCAAUAUGACUGUUGGUUUAAAUCCUGUUGUUACUGCGUCUUAUGACCCACCUGUGUGCCUUCUGAGAUCUCUUUCAGUCUUACUGUAGGUUCUUUGCACAGUUCACCUAGUGUAUGAAUCAAUGUACACAAGUUACAUAUUUGUGUAUUACUGCUAAUGUGUACUAUAUAUUCAAAAGCCCACAUUCCUUUAGCUUUAGGCUGAUGUCCAAUAGUUCAGUGACUGUAAUGUGCAAUAUUACUGUAUGAUAAUAGAAAACGAUGUAAACAAAGGAUGCAAGUGUUUUAGCUGAUGUUUUAUCCCACUGAAUGUAUGUUUUAUUUCUUGAAUUAUAUAUCUAGGAUUGAUAGGAGUUUUAUGAGAUCUUAUAAAUAAUACAAAAUUAUUCACACUGCGCCGAUUCUGUAUGUGUUGAAAGCAGUAGGGAAGUCCAGUUUAAAGAAGGGAUAACAAACAAGCAAUGGUUGUAACUCACGUGGCUUGAAAAACUUGAAAAACUCUGGGCCCAGGUUAUGGUGUAUUAUUUAUUUCCUUAUUAAUCAGUCUGGUCAUAUGUGUCUCCAUUGGUCUAGUCAGAGGAAAUACACACCAUUCCUUAUAUGUCAAACAUUAACCAAUAAUGAAAAGAAUGUUCUUGUUACUAAACGAUUAGACGCCACUGUGACUUUUAGGGAAACAGAUACGACUGUGGUGUCAAGUCUGAGGUAAUAGUAUAUUUCCAAACUUGAAGGAAAAUAUGUGUUUGUGCACCUAGCAAACCAUGGGAUUACUCACUCUGUGUUUGUCUGCAUAAAUGAAUGUUCACCACAUUUGGCUGUAAGACAGUAGGAUGGAUGGGUCUACAGUACACAUCGUGCUUCUGAUGCUGUUUCUGCUUCCCUGUACAAAUGGGACCUUGUCAACAGGUAGGGAACAAAGAGAAAGGACAGUUAUUGACAUAAUCUAUUUGAUGUUGUUUUUAUUUAGAAUAUUGGGUUAUAUUAGACAUCAUUUUGAAAUGUUUAUUGUUUGUUGAUGGAUCCUCCUAAAGAUCUGAUGGGUGUGGGCAGAAAGUAUGAUUUAAUUUGAUAGCCAAUGUUGAAAUUCUAAAAAGAUUGAUAUGAACCUACAAGUCCAAGAUAUACGAAAAUCACAUAUCAAAAGUGUAGUCCAUUAUUGCAUGACGUAAGAUAAUAUCGCUUUGUGUUAUAACAAUAAUAUAUCACUUUUAUCUUACUGAUCAGAUGUAUCUGUCACCAUAUCUAUAUAAUUUACUAGGCAAACAUCUACAGCGCUGUGAAAAAGUAUUUGCCCUCUUCCUGAUUUCUUUUUUUUUCCACAUUUGUCACACUUAAAUGUUUCAGA